GACAGUCACCAACAUAGAUAUCACACGGAGCUAUGUAUGUAAAUCAUCAUCUCCCUCUAGAAAUUUCCAAAACAUAAAAAUACAUUAAAAAUAAAGCUGAUAAAAUCGUGAUCGUGGCAACAGAGAUACAUAUACAUCCAUCCAGGCAUCGCAUAACAUCAGCUAUAGUAUCGUGAUCGAUCUCGAGAUCAAAAGAAAAAGAGUGAUAAAAUUGGAUGAAAAUAAAAGAUGCCACCGAAGCAGCGAUCAAAAGCAGAUAUAAGCAAGAAGCAGAAGAUGGUAGAAGACAAGACCUUCGGUCUAAAAAACAAACACAAGUCCAAGAAUGUCCAGAAAUAUGUUCAGACCCUCCAGCAAUCCGUUCAGCCCAAGCCCGAUCCUUCCAAACUCGCUUCCAAGAAAAAGAAAGAGGAAGACAAGGCGAGAGAGAAAGAGCUGAAUGAUUUGUUUAAGGUUGCUGUCAGUCAGCCCAAAGUUCCUGUUGGGGUUGAUCCGAAAUCGAUUUUGUGUGAGUUCUAUAAGGUAGGGCAGUGUGCCAAGGGUUUCAAGUGCAAGUUCUCUCAUGAUCUCAAUGUUCAGCGCAAAGGAGAGAAGAUUGAUAUUUAUAGUGAUCAGCGCGAUGAAGGGAAAGACACUAUGGAGGACUGGGAUCAAGAGACUUUGGAGAAGGUCGUUGAAUCCAAAGGGAAGGAGUAUAACCAGAACAAACCAACUGAUAUUGUCUGUAAACACUUUCUGGAAGCAGUGGAGAAGAAGCAGUAUGGUUGGUUUUGGGUCUGUCCUAAUGGUGGUAAAAAUUGUCAUUAUAGGCAUGCACUUCCUCCAGGAUAUAUACUCAAAUCUCAGAUGAAGGCCCUGUUAGAGGAAGAGGCUGAGAAAAUUUCAGUUGAAGAGGAAAUCGAAAACCAGCGCGCUAAGGUAAGCACUUCAACUCCUAUGACUCCCGAGUUAUUCAUGCAAUGGAAGAGGAAGAAGAUAGAAGCACGGGAUGCUGGCUUGGCCGCGGAGAUGGCAGAGAGGGCAAAGAAUGAUCGUAUGAGUGGUCGUGAGCUGUUCCUUUCUAAUUCGAGCUUGUUUGUCGACGAUGCUGAAGCCUAUGACAGAUACCAAAGAGAAGAUGAAUCUAGUGCUACUGAAGAGAAGAAUCACAAGUCAUCUGCUGCAAAUCAGUCCGGUACCUCGACAUCAGGCGCUAACAGUGAUACUCUGGCUGAUGACGACGAAGAUGAUGAUGAGCUCGACAUGGACGAGUUAAAUGAACUAGAAGCAAGCUUAUCAAAAGCAUCGUUACACAUCAACGAGCAAGAAGACAAAUAAGAGCCUUGAUUGCGUCUCCUGAUCAAUGCCAGGAAUUCAGGCGGCACCUGCCUUUGUUUGCAGUUAUUCUCCUGAUGCUGUACCAGAAGAGCUGAAGCCACCCUGGAAUUCACAUGUAGGUAGAGACCAGAGACUGUUCCUGCCAACGCAAAGCAAAUAAUAUUCAAACAUGAUCAUCACAGACAACUUAGUUAUGGAUUAAGUAGCGAGCUUAUGAUCUACUUGAACCAAAUUUUAAAAUGUGCAAAAGAUCAUUUUGUGCAAGGAAUGUAUUUUAUGUUGCUCUA